AACAUUUCAUAAAAGUCAAAACAAACCAUUUUGGCCAAUAACAACGCUUGAAUCUGUCAGCUGUACUAAGCGCGUCAUCGCUUCUUAUUGGUCAUUAUUUGCGUCUCUGUCGCGCCGCUCCGACCUUAUAAAUAUCAGCGCGAACUCGCGCCGGACCUCUUUUCCACAGUGUUAAUUCAGGGGGUUUUAGUCGGGUUAUUUUGUGAGCUAACUCUUAUUCAGAAUGCCGGAAACUUCAAAAAUGAAUGGAUACACAAAAACUAACGGACACAGUUAUGAUAUGGAAGAUGGAUCAGUGUUCCUUUUCACCUCCGAAUCGGUUGGUGAGGGUCAUCCAGAUAAAAUGUGCGAUCAAAUAAGUGACGCGAUACUUGACGCGCAUUUAAGACAAGAUCCGGACGCAAAAGUAGCAUGCGAAACUGUGACAAAAACUGGGAUGGUCUUGCUGUGCGGCGAAAUCACCUCUAAAGCCAAUGUAGACUAUCAGAAGGUAGUCAGAGAAACCGUCAAGCAUAUCGGCUACGAUGACUCAUCUAAAGGUUUUGAUUGGCGUACACUAAACUUAUUACUGGCUAUUGAGGAACAAAGUCCAAAUAUUGCAAAAGCAUUUGAAGAUAGAGAAGAAAUUGAUCUUGGGGCAGGAGAUCAGGGCCUAAUGUUUGGCUAUGCGACAGAUGAAACAGAAGAAUGCAUGCCACUGACAGUGGUGCUGGCACACAGACUAAACCAGAAGAUUGCAGACUUGAGACGAAAUGGAGAAUUCUGGUGGGCUCGCCCCGACUCCAAAACUCAGGUGACCUGCGAAUACAUCUUCGCCGGCGGCGCGACGGUGCCACAGAGGGUCCACACUGUCGUCGUUUCUCUACAGCACUCCGAAAAGAUAACUCUGGAGACGCUUCGAGAGGAAAUCCGUGAGAAGGUCAUCAAGGAAGUGAUCCCCGCCCAGUACCUAGACGAGAGAACCGUCGUGCACAUCAACCCUUGCGGGCUCUUCAUCAUCGGAGGACCACAGUCUGACGCGGGGCUGACGGGGCGCAAGAUCAUCGUGGACACGUACGGCGGGUGGGGCGCGCACGGCGGCGGCGCCUUCUCCGGCAAGGACUUCACCAAGGUGGACCGCUCCGCCGCCUACGCCGCGCGCUGGGUCGCCAAGUCGCUCGUCAAGGCCGGCCUCUGCCGCCGCUGCAUGGUCCAGGUGGCGUACGCCAUCGGGGUGGCGGAGCCGCUGUCCAUCACGGUGUUCGACUACGGCACGUCGCACAAGACCCAGCAGGAGCUUCUUCGCAUCGUGCAGAAGAACUUUGACCUGCGGCCCGGCAAAAUUGUCAAGGAGCUAAACCUCAGAGCGCCGAUAUACCAGAAGACCAGCACCUACGGCCACUUCGGCCGAGAGGGCUUCCCGUGGGAGAAUCCCAAGCCGCUCGUCGUAGAAUGACUUCGGACCUGAGCUCUAGAACAUUGUACAUAUUCCACCAUAUAACACUUAAUCUACGUGUGUCUUUGUAGCGAGGGCGCGGAGAUCGUACCGCUCAUGUCUCUCUAUAGAGGAUUUAUGUUUGAGCGAUUCUAAUCUCGCCUGUGGAACCCGCGUUCCAACGGCGAUGGUUACACUCGCUGGAUUCAGUGUAAUUAUUAAGUAUUCAUUAGAUUAGACACAUUAGACACGUAGGUUUAACACGGUGCCGUCAUAUCUGAAUUUGAGUUAGUUCAGGGGUUCGACCGGGCAGUUCUAUCAUUUAAGAUAACAAUAUUAAUAGUUUUGGCUUCAGGGGGCCGAUUUUUGAAGGUCGAGCGCGAAUUUCGUCACUCGUAAAUCAAGGCGUGUCCAGACGGGGACAAUUUUUCGCCAAUCUGAUUAAAUUGUCCGAUCAAAUCCGGCCAUGCGGACGCAAACGCCAAUUUGGCUUGUGGAAAACGCCAAAAUGCUAUUAUUGAGGUAGAAGCGAUAUAAAUUGGGAAUCUAGUGGUAUUGACCACCCCCCGACCCGUUUACAAUUCUAUUAGUAUAAUUUAAAUGUCUAGAAGCGGAAUUGUAUUGAACGAAAUAUGUACACGAAAUUGAACGGUCAAUAUUCAAAAAUCGGCCCCUUUGAGGAAUUUGUGAUUUAUUUUUAUGUAUCCCGUACCUAAUUGAUGAAUUAUGCCAGUGCAAACUAUGUAAUGAUUUUUAAAUGUUAUUUUAAUUACCUACUUAAAAGGUGGACUGCCUAACAAUCUCGAAUGUUUUUCAUUGUGAGCUUUAUGAUGUAAGUGCUAUGAUUGCCGGUAGAGUAGACUACUUCCCUGGUCGCGUCACAGUGUAGCGCGGGCCGACUAAGUCAGCUCUUGCUUGCUGCAAAUAUAGUUCUGCGCGGUGGCGUAUUCGCCAUUUAUUAUUAAGUUUUAGCUAUGUAAUUUAAGUGUCAGUGAACUGCCUGCUAUUAAUUCAUGAAUUAUUUUAGCCAAUUAUUGUUGGCGCGGCGUUCCGCGCAGAACGAUUUGUGUUGUGUUUCCGAAAAGGAAAGGAAAGGAGCCAUUUUGAAAACACACCGACAAGCCCAGGGCAGUAGUGCACUGUGCAUUUACCACGUUAUGAUGAUUCCGCCGGUAGGCUUAAUUAGGCGCAAUCCUAACCGUACAUUUUAUGACAUUAGAAUUUAGAAUUUUAACUAUUCGUAGGUCGGUUAGUGAGUAUUGUGGAUUAUAUACGUUUUGAUCUGUUUCGACCCGUUAAAAGUUUCUAAUUGACUUACUGUGGAAUAUCGAUUUAUCAGAUUGUGGAAUUUAAACUAAUAUUAAAAUUGUGUUCUCCCGGCACAUUAUCGGGAUUUGAAAA